CACCGUUUUCAGUUUUCACCGUCUCUCUCUCCUGUGCCUGGCAAAACCGACAACACACGGGGAGAAGAAGCUUCAGGCGAUAAUCUCCCCAAACAACUCCUUCCGCCUCCCACGUAUCCUCUUCAAGAAUCGUUCUUUCUCUCCUCCGAUCCCUCGAGAGGGUUCCUCCCAUCGCGAUGCCGAAGAAGAUGGGGACGAACUCGAAGGCGGAGGCGGCGCGGGCUCGGCGGAGCGCGGCGGAGGCGGAGCGCAAGGAUCGGGAGGCGCACGAGAAGGAGGAACAGUACUGGCGCGAAGCCGAGGGCCACAAGUCCCGCGCCGCGAAGAAGCGCGACGAGGAGGCCGAGAAGCGCGCUGAGGCCGCCGCGCGCCGCGCCGAGAACCGCAAGAUCGCCGAGCUGGAGCAGAAGGAUCUCGAGAGGAGCUCCCGCAGGCCCGAUCCCAAGGCCUCGCGCGUCUCCAUCCCCGUCCCCAAGGUCACCGAGGCCGAGCUCGCGCGGCGCCGCGAGGAGGAGCGGCUCCGGCUCCAGAGGGACGCCGAGGCCGCGAAGAAGCGCCAGAGCCGCACCGCCGACGAGGAGGAGUACGAUCGUAUGGUGCUCGUGACCAACACCAACAGGGACGAUUCGAUCAUCGAGGCGCACUCCGUCGAGGACGCCAUCGCCAGGAUGGCGAUCGCGGAGCCGCCGCUGCCCCCCGAUCGGCACCCCGAGAGGCGGCUCAAGGCUUCUUUCAAGGCUUUUGAAGAAGCAGAACUGCCCAAACUGAAGGAAGAAAAGCCAGGCCUGACGCUUAAUCAAUACAAAGAUAUGAUAUGGAAGCUAUGGAAGAAGUCUCCGGAUAACCCUCUUAACCAGGCUGCCGAGUGAUCUUAUGGAUUUGUUAUUCAAUAACACAGCCAAUUUUGUUCAAACAGGAAAGCAAUCAUAUUAUUAUUAUAUACCUGAGAUCAAACGUGAGGAGCUGCUCUCUGUUUCUGUGGCGUAGGAAAUUCUCCUGCCGAUGCUUGAAUCUCCAUUCUUGGGUAGUUUUAAGCCAGUUAUAAGCAAAUGCGAGCACUGUAUAUUAGGAGAGGACAUGGAUUUUAUUUGGCUAAGAAGCUUAUUCAAAUAUAUAUAUAUUAUAUGUUACAACAAUAAGCAAUCUGGGACUGUUCGAUUAAUAUUUGGCCAAGGAACUGCCUAUCUGGCUGGACCCUUGUUGCUGUAAAUCAUACUUAUAAUUUGUGGUGGUUGUUGAUGACAGUACAUUAUCAAGCACCUGCGGAUUUUUCUUUCUCAGUCCAAGCUUAUUUUGCCAUUGAUAAAUAUUUCUGGAUUCAUUUUC